AUGGCUUCUUCACAAGAUGGCACACCGCGCACCUGGGCGUCGCGCCUCCGUUUCCCGAGUCGGACAAAGGAUGAGAAAUCGGCCGACCGCGAAUCCGUUGAGGAGCCUCGAAGGAUUGCGAAAUGGAGUUUCGGGGUCUUGAACGACAAGGAGACUGUCGAAGUCCCAGGUUCCGUGUUGCUGCUCUCAAAUCACAAGAAUGAGCCCCUCGGUCUGCGCAGUGCCCCGGCGAGGACAUCACAUUCCUCCCUUCCCACCUCGGCCACUGUGAUGUCGCCAGUGCAGGCAGACGAAAAGAAGAAGACCUCGGAUGGUAAGAUCAUCUUGGAGCCGCAGCCUGAGGAGUCGGCCAAUGAUCCACUGAAUUGGCCGACAUGGAGACGCGACGCUGCUCUACUAUCCCUCGGGCUGUAUUGCAUGGUCGGUGGCGGGAUGACGCCUGUAUUGGCUGCUGGUUUCUCCAACGUCGCCAGUGACUAUGGCGUGGCCGUGGCCCGGGUCUCGCUGACCACAGGGCUCUACAUGAUGGGCAUGGGCGUGGGCUCCGUCUUCUUCUCACCAACAGCCAUUCUCUUCGGCAAGAGGCCUGUUUAUCUCUUUGGCUCCCUGCUCUUCAUCGGGACUUCGUGCUGGUGUGCAGCUUCCCCCAGCUUCAAUUCUCUGAUGGCUGCCCGAGUCUUUCAGGGUGUCGCCGUUAGUCCCGUAGAGUGUCUGCCGUCUGCGACCAUCGCCGAGAUCUACUUCCUCCAUGAACGUGCUUUUCGAAUCGGAGUCUACACACUGCUACUGCUCGGAGGCAAGAACUUGACGCCCCUUGUCAGUGCAGCCAUCAUCCAGUCAUUGAGUUGGCGAUGGGUGUUCUGGAUUGUUGCAUUUAUCGUGGCGUUCUGCGGCUGUCUGCUAUUCAUCUUUGUCCCUGAGACCUUUUGGGACCGGAAGCCCAUUCCCCGACCAAGGGCACCGACCAGACCUGGCGUGCUCUCACGGCUGUCUUCGAAGUGGUCUCAUCAUGCCCACGCCCGUGCACACGCUGCGGAGUCCAAUGGGGCCGAGACGCCCCUCGAAAAGACGCACGAGAAUGCGCAUUUUGUGACGGACUCGGGAUCAGAACUGCUCAAGACGGAAGAGCAUGCAACACGGGAGGAUCACCAUGUCACCUUCGAUCCGAACACAACAGAGACUAUCAAGGAGCAGCAGCAGCAGACUACGGACAUAUCUGCGCCGGAGCAGGCACCGGCGCAGGACGAGAAUGAGGCCACGAAUGAGAAGAACCUGGCAGCACCGGGCGACUCGAGCCCAACGACGCCUCAGCCUGCAGAUGUACAACAGCUCGAAGCCCGCCCGCAGAAGAACCCAACUGUGCCCUCCCCACUGCUGCUCGCUCCUCCUCACGAUGCCGCGGCCCGCAAUACCUACUCAGGCCACUGGCGCGAACGCGAGGCCAAGUCCUUUGUGCAGCAGCUCCGACCCUGGCACGGUCGUCUCAACAGGGACAAGUGGCUCAAGGUGGCCGUCCGACCCUUCAUCCUCUAUACAUAUCCUGCGGUCCUCUGGUCCUCAGCCAUCUACUCGUGCUCCAUUGGCUGGCUGAUUGUCAUCUCGGAGUCGGUGACGGUGAUCUUCCGCGAGGACUACUACAAAUUUAACGCGCUCCAGACCGGCCUGAUCUACAUCUCGCCCUUUUUGGGUGGUGUUCUGGGCACGGCGGUCGCGGGCAAGGUGUCAGACAUUGUGGUCAAAGCGAUGACGCGACGCAAUGGAGGGCUGUACGAACCCGAGUUCCGGCUGGUGAUGGCGGCCCCGAUCGCGGCGACGACCAUCAUUGGCCUGAUGGGCUAUGGGUGGAGUGCGCAACUCGAGGACGCCUGGAUCGUGCCCACCGUAUUCCUGGGCAUCGUCAGCUUCGGCUGCUCGCUCGGCAGCACUACGGCCAUCACCUUCUGUGUCGACUCGUACCGCCAGUACGCGGGCGAGGCGCUGGUGACGCUCAACUUUAGCAAGAACAUCUUCCACGGUCUGGUCUUUAGCUUUUUCGUCACGGGCUGGAUCGAGGAUGACGGCGCCAAGUCCGUCUUCAUCUGGAUUGGUGUUAUCCAGCUGAUUGUGCUCGUCUUUACCAUCCCCAUGUUCGUCUUCGGCAAGAGGGCGCGCAUGUGGACGGUGCGGAAGAACUUUAUGGAGAAAUUUUAGUUUGAAAUUUAAGAUAUGCAAUAUCACAGAAGAAGCAAGCGAUGUUAACUUUGAUCAGAAAGAAGAGGAGCGGAUCGACCUGUUACAAGCAUUCUUGAGCAAGGCUGAUGACAUUUGAGUGGCCUCUCGUGAAUAUGUUUUGUUGUACAUCUGGAAAGGCACAUGUAAAAUUUUUUUUUUUCGGUGGGCUUUCAUAGGCAUGCCUAUUUGUUAUAGUCUUAUUUUCACUUCUCUUCAGU